AUGCCAAAAUACAUAAGCCUUGAUCGACAAUAUUCUCUAGCGUGUGAAGAACUAAAACACCCUGAGAACCCCUUCAUAGCCCGCAUUCUCCAAGAAGUGAAGCAGGAUGAAGAAACGUUGAAAAAAAAAAUCACUAUAAAAAUUGCUGGAAAUAACCGCUUGAUACCUGUGCAGAAGGUGACAGAUGACGAUUUUCAAAUCCUGGCUACGGUUUUUACAAAUAAUGUGUUUCUUACAGGACUUGACCUGAGAUAUAACCUUUUGAGUGAUGCUGGCGCAGUACACAUUGCAGCUUUCCUUCAGGAUAAUCAUACUCUGCUGUACCUGAACCUGAUGUUUAAUGACAUUGGUACCAUGGGAGCAGAAUUCAUAGCUAAAUCAUUGCAUAGGAAUGAAGCACUGCUUCACCUAAGAAUGACUGGCAACAAGAUGGACAACAAGGGAGGAAUGUAUUUUGCAGCAAUGUUGCAGGUUAACAACACUUUACAGAAGUUAGAUUUGGGAGACACAGAUCUGCGCACACAGAGUCUCAUAGCAUUAGCAACAGUUCUGAAUCACAAUAGUGCAAUCAAAGCCAUAAAUCUAAAUCGGCCAAUACUCUACAGUGAAGAGGAAGAGACCACGGUCCACACAGCCCUCAUGUUGAAAGUCAACAGCACUCUUGUUGAACUGCAUUUGUGUAAACACGAAAUGAAGAACUUCGGCAUGGAACGUCUGUGUGAUGCUUUGUAUGAAAACAGCACCCUGCGAUAUCUUGAUCUCAGCUGCAACAAAAUUACUCGGGAUGGUAUUAAAUUUUUGGGAAAGCUGUUAAAAUUCAACGCCACCCUAGAAAUCCUGGACCUUAAUUUUAACAGGAUAGAGGACGAUGGUGCUUUCUAUCUGAGUGAGGCCCUUACUACACAUAAUCGGACUCUUCAAGCGCUGGGAGUGACAAACAACAACAUAUCUGGGAAAGGACUGGUGGCCCUUGCAGAGUCAAUGAAAACAAACCUAGUUCUUUCCCAUAUCUACAUAUGGGGAAACAAAUUUGAUGAAGACUGCUGUGUGGCAUUUGCAGAGUUAAUUAAAAGCGGUCGCCUGAAACCUACUGGCACAGAUGUCGAUCCAUAUGAAGUGGAUGGGAACACGUACUUUGCCGAAGUCUCCUAUGGCCUUAAGAGGCACUAUUACUGGACACCGAGUUAUGGACAGCCUGAUAACCACGAUGAGAAUGCCUCUCUGGCAAUAACUCCUGUUGCAGAAAACUUGUAAAUGUCAACAUAUUUUUUCUUAAGCCUUGGCAUAUUGGGGUUGUUUUUUAAAAAAAUAAUGUGUGCCUCAAACCUGCAACCAAUUACAUGUAGUUACUUGGAGAACUGAUUUUAAAAGGUUUUGAACCAUAAAUACUAUAUUAAACUGAA